AUGCGUAACUUGAUAACUUUAAACCAUGGCAAACUUCAGCCUGUGUCUCAAACGCUUCCAGAUUUGGAAUUAUACACCAGUUGCUUCGAUACUUUGUCUGAUAGUAUAACAUGUGUUCUAGGUGCUGCAGACAUUGGGGCACUUGAAGUUCAACAAUAUAUGAAGGACGGGUCUAUGAAUGUUCUAGCCUCAUUUUACGUUCAAUCAUACAACGAUAAAUUACUAUCUUUUAUUCAUUUCGAUGAUAUCAACGAGUUAGUCUUUGUUUUCCAACAAGGUGAUAUAAUAUCAGUAACUUAUGAUCCUGCUACCAUGGAUUAUCAUAGCAGUAAAGUUAGUAUUGUUGGUUCUAUUGAUCUCGGAAUAGAAGCUGCAGAGUGGUCCGCCGAUCAAGAGACCUUAGCAAUAGUAACGUUCGAACGUAAUGUGGUGCUUUUGAGCAGACAGUUGGAACCAAUCGUAGAAACGAGUUUACAAGUCGAAGAUUUGAAGAUUUCUAAGCAUGUUACAGUUGGAUGGGGUAAAAAAGACACUCAGUUUAGAGGCAAAGGUGCAAGAGCUAUGGAGCGUGAAGCUCUCGAAUCGUUAAAGGCUUCAGGUUUAGUUGGGAAUGAAUUAAGAGAUCCAACAAUGCCUUACAGAGUUGAUACAGGUGCAAUUACCGAAUUAGAUAGUCGUAAAGUAAAAAUAUCGUGGAGAGGAGACUGUGAGUAUUUCGCUGUCACUACGAUCGAGACUGUGAAAGAUCCAUCAGAUGAAAGUAAGACUGUCGAAAGGAGAGCACUUAGGGUGUUUACACGUGAUGGUCAACUAGACAGCGCUUCCGAACCAGUUGAUGGCAUGAAUGAACACCUCUCAUGGAAACCCCAAGGUUCUUUAAUUGCAAGUGUUCAGCGCAAGACCCAUAUUCCAGAUGAAGAGGGCUUAGAUUUGAUAUUUUUCGAAAGAAAUGGGUUGAGACAUGGUGAAUUUGAUUUGAGGCUACCAUCAGACGAGCCUGUACUAGAUUUGUGUUGGAACGCUAACAGUGAAAUUCUUACAAUUGUUUUGAUUGAUAGAGUUCAAUUAUGGACAACGAAGAACUAUCAUUGGUUCUUGAAACAAGAAUUUUACUUCAACAACAUUACAUAUGCUAAAUGGCACCCGGAAAAGGACUUUACACUUAUGGUGGGUGAUUCUGAAAAGAUGACAAUUGUCGAUUUUGCUUACAAAAUGACGGCGGGUCCAACGAUGCAACCGUUUGAUAAUGGUACAAGUAUCGUUAUUGAUGGAAAUGUUGUCAAUAUCACUCCCUUGGGAAUUGCUAAUGUUCCUCCUCCUCUCUAUUUUAGGGAUUUCGAAUGCCCAAAUAAUGUUUUGGAUGCUGCUUGUAGUGUAUCAAAUGAAGUAUACGCGGCUAUUACCAAAGAUGAACUUGUCAUUGCAUCUGUACCUUCAUUAAAAGCAAUGAAGAACGGUAAGCAUCCUUGGAUUGUUUCAACUUUCAACAAAUCUAGUUUCGGCACAGCAUUUGAUACACUGCGUCAACUUGCAUUUAUUAACGAUAAUACCGUGGCUAUUUUGUUAGAUACGGAUAACUUAUCAAGAAUUGCGUUGAUAGAUAUUACUGACAAUACUAAUCCAUCCUUGAUAACAAUUAUCGAGACAUUCGACAAAGUGGUGCUUUUGAGAUCUCAAUUUGAUUACAAUUUUGUAGUAUUCGAGACCCGUGAUGGUAAAAUUACCCAAUUGAGCGCAGAUGGCCAACUGUCAACUAUAACGAGAUUCCCACAACUCGUAUAUGAUUUCAGAGUUAAGAGAGUAGAAUCUGCAACUGCCGCAAAUGAUUGGGGUGAUGAACAAUCGAAGACAGUUGCUUUUGGGUUAACAAACACUGGUAAACUUUUUGCGAAUGAGGUCCAAUUAACGUCUGCUGUAACUUCGAUCGAAAUAACAGACUCAUUUUUGCUUUUCACUACGGCACAGCACAAUCUUCAGUUUAUUCAUUUGAAUACAACUGAUUACAAGCCAUUGGCUACAGUUGAGGAUGAUACGAUUGACGAGAGAGUUCGUGCUGUUGAGAGAGGUUCGAUUCUAGUGAAUGUAAUCCCAUCUAAGGCUGCAGUAAUCUUGCAAGCCGCUCGUGGUAAUUUGGAAACCAUUUACCCCCGUAUUAUGGUACUUUCUGGCGUUCGUGCAAAUAUCAUUGCCAAAAACUACAAAGAGGCAUUUGUCACUUGUCGCACUCAUAGAAUAAACUUGGAUAUUCUAUAUGACUACGAUCCAGAAUUAUUCUUGAAUAACCUUCCUCAUUUUAUUACUGAAAUCGAAAGAGUGGAUUAUUUGGACUUAUUCAUUUCAUCAUUACUUGAAGAUGACGUCACUAAAACAAAGUAUAGAGAAACUCUCAACUUCGAUUCAUCUACCGCAUUUGACGUUGCACCACCUCCACCAACUGAAAUGCAAUUAUACAUGAAAAAGAAGAUGUUCAAUCCAAAGACAUCCAAAGUUAACAAGGUCUGUCAAGCAAUUCUAGACGUUUUAUUGAAUACUCCAAAUUUCAGACAGAAAUACCUCCAAUCUAUAAUCACCGCAUACGCCUGCCAGAACCCACCAAAUCUAAGGGAUGCUCUACAAUUGAUUGAUACUGUAGAAUCAGAGGAGCAGAAAGACUCUACAGUGACAUAUUUAUGUUUCUUGCAGGACGUAAAUGUCAUUUAUAAGGUUGCAUUGUCUCUUUAUGACAUUCAUUUGACUUUAGCUGUUGCUCAAAAAUCCCAAAUGGACCCAAGAGAGUACUUACCAUUUUUGCAAUCUUUAUUAGAUGCCGAACCCUUGCGCAGGAAGUUCAUGAUAGAUGACUAUUUGCAAAAUUAUGAACUAGCUAUUGAACACUUGGCUGCUAUCGAUAAGGUUGAUAACACAGUUUCUUCAGAGUUUAUAGAAUAUGUUGAGGAACACGAUUUAUUCAAGCACGCUUUGAAUAUCUUCAAAUCUGAGCAAGAUAGGCAAAACAUUAUCUAUCAUGUUUAUGCUAAAUCGUUGUCAUCCCAACAGCAAUAUGGAGAUGCAGGUAUAAUUCACGAAAUGUUGGGAGAAUGGAAGGAGGCACUGGAUGCGUACACUUUAGGUAAGAAAUGGAAUGAAGCCAUGUCUGUAGUUUUGGACCAUUUCCCUGAUAAGACAGAAGACAUAGCUACGGAGUUGAUUAGUUCAUUGACUUUUGAACACAGAUAUGUUGAUGCAUCUCAACUUGAAAUCCGCUUCAUGAAAAAUAUCAAGGCGGGAAUGGAUCUCUUGUGUCGUGCAUACGACUAUGAAGCCGCUUCUUUGAUUGCUAUAGCUGAGCAUAAGUCGGAAUUAAUCGAAGAAAUUGUGGAUCCGGCAUUAGGUGAUGGCUUUGGUACUAUUGCAGAACUUCUAGCUGAUUGCAAGGGUCAAGUUAACUCGCAAUUGAAAAGACUACGAGAACUUCGUCAAAAGAAGGCUGAAGAUCCGUUCGCAUUUUAUGGCGAAGAAACGGAUCAAGCUGAUGAUGUUUCCAUUGCAGCAUCGGAAACCUCUACUAAAGAGUCCUUCUUUACCAGAUACACGGGCAAAACUUCAGGUACUGCUAAGACAGGUGCUUCCCGAAAGACUGCUAAAAACAAACGUCGUCAAGAGCGUAAGCGUGCUCGUGGUAAGAAGGGAACUAUUUAUGAAGAGGAAUAUUUGAUUCAAUCUAUCGGUAGAUUAAUUGACAGAUUGUACCAGACACAACCGGAGGCUAUCAAAUUAAUAGAAGGUCUACUUAGAAGAAACAAGAGAGAACAAGCCUAUCAAAUACAGAAAAAUUUCAUGGAAUUGAUUGAUCUAUUGAAGGAAAAUGUGCAAGAGAUCUAUUCAAUUAGCGAAAAAGAUAGAGAAAGAAUAGACGACGAUGGCCAGGUGUACUACUUACCUGAGAUCCCAGUGCCUGAAAUCAAGGAGUUCCCAAAAAGAAAUAUAGUUGACUUUUGA